CACAGGUUGGAGCCGGUACAUUUGGUAUUCAUGAUCAUUGGUGCGGCAAUGGGUGUCCUGGGUAUCAUCCUCCUGUUGGUGGGAUGUCUUGCCACAGGGGAAACCAGGUCCAGUGUCUAUCGAGCUGACAAAGCACGAGUCGGCGGACGCAUUUGUGGUGCCGUGUUUAUGGGUAUCGUCUACGUCCUGAACCUGGUGUGGCUGUUGAUGCUCUGCUGUCUCGUGAUCAUCACAAGCACUUUCACUGUUUUCUGGGCCAUCUGCUCUUCCGAUCGUAUCCUUGUUCACGAUCGAUGCAUUGACUUCACUCAAUUUGGCUUCAUGUUCCCGAACGCAACACACGAUGACCAGAUGACGAUUUGUGACCCUGGAGAGAAAAAGCUGUUCUGUAAGGAUUACGUGGAGAAUGCUGAGGUCAUGUUCAUCCUGGCUACGGUUUCUUGUGUCAUUGUCAUUCUCAGCCUGGUUCAUUACCUCAUGUGCCUGGCUGCAAAUUAUGCUCACAUCAAAGACAGUGAAAAGUUCCGAGACCUGGAGGAGAUGCAGCGGUUGCAAGAUGCAGAAAUGACUGGGCUGUCGAAAGAACGCUUCUAGGAUACAGCCCAAGAAAUCUUCAGGGAAGCACAAAUAACUUCUGCUGACUCUUCCAUCUCAGACUGCCUUCUACAUGUUGCAUAAUCAUCCGUCCAUUCGUAUAGGAGCUGAACUCUUUUUUUCAUGACACCAGACAUUGGCCUUAGCCAAUGCCUACGUUAUUUAUUUUUACACAAAUAUUACAACCCUCUAUGUUUGAACUAUAUUGUCCAUGUUAUCUUGUUCUGUGAUUUCCUGGAGAUUUCUUGUUAAAUUUACAUAUGAUGAUUGCAUGUCUUUGUGGAUUUCUGUAUGUGUUCUUCAUUGGCUCACAUAUUACUUUCAAGCUUUAUUUCCUGUUGUGGUACACCUGACAGCGAGAAAAGGCAUUUGCACCCAGUGCAUUUAUAUUGUGCUUGAUUUACUAUUAUUUUGUCAGUUCUGGAUGAUUUGUGAUGCUCAUUCCAUGCUUUCCCCCCCCUCAAAUCCAGAAGGCAAAUGAGCUGUGACUGUUCUGCUUCUCAUGCACAGUGAUCUGCUUUCUCACAAAUAUCAGUUGGAAAGACCAACUGUGUAUGAUCUCAGUCCAUCAUUCUACAACUAGUUCUUGGUCUUCUAUGAACUGCUUUUUGCUCAUCUUUUGCUGUUUCACUUUCAAGUAUGUGAUCAAAUACACAAUAUCAUGUCUCAGUUGCUGAAUUAGUCCACAAUAAUGUUCAAACCUGUUUCAUAAUUACAAUUCUCAGAUAUGUGCAUCCUUAGCACAAAAGACCAUCCCAUCCACCCAACAUCACUGUGAUAACUGGAGUAUCUUGAAGUCUUGCAUCAUCAGGAACUUCAACAGACACUAAGAAAAGCUGCAGCCCUCCUUUAAAAUUCAUUCAGACUGUUUUGAAGCAAAAAUGCCAUUUGAGGCAAAGUGUAUCAUGCAGACUUCCAGUAACAGAUCCAGGAU